GUAAAUGAUAUAUACUGUUAGAGGAGUAGUGACAGAUCUCGUGAUAAUGGCGGGAACACGAGUGGGCGGAGCCUGCUGUCUAUAUAAGCGCUUGCAAGCGCAGUUCGCGCCCUUUUCUCGUCGAGCUCACUUGGCAAGGGGAACCUCUGCCCGUUUGAAUGGUCGAACUGCCUUUUUGUUGAAUAUUAAUUUCGCGUGUAAUUAAAUUUUAAUGUGAUUUGUUUUGUUAUUAAAAAGUUGGUAAUUUUGUUUUAGUUUCCGUUAAGUUUGAAUUUUUGUAACAAUUAAUAAAUAAGUGUGGUUUGUGUUUUUUUUUUUUAUUUAGUUCCAUUUUUGAUUUCCUAAAAUCAGAAGUGGGAUACGACGCGUGUCCAGACCCGCUCUGACCACAGAUAACUAUUAACACUUGGCAGUUUGGCACUUCAAAUAUUUUUUUUUUAAUUUUUUUUUUCUUCUUCUUGGAGUUGUUUUGAAUUGGCUACUUGGGUUUAAAGCAAACGGCUAUGCUAUACGAAGUACGUAAGUGAUUAAGUGUGAGUGUAUCGGUAAGUUCUGGUGAGUACGUUCCAAUUUACUUAUUAUCCUGAUAGUGAAUCAUCUGCUUUACAUAUUGCAAUUUACAUUUUGUAUCUCAGUUGACUUUUACUAUUACCUUGCCUUACUGAGUUGCUAUUUGCACGUUUUGAUUAAUUUAAUAAGUUCAUUGCUUGUAUUGCUGACAGUGAAGCAGCGAAUAUGCCUAAUAAUAAUCGUAAAAGUAGAAGCCGUUCUGGAAGCCGCGAAUUGCGCCACUACCGUCAUGAUUCUCGUGCGAGAGAAUCUGAAUCUCACACAGGGCACCGCGAUGUGCGUAGCCGACAUCGUGGUUCGCAGGCAAGCAGCUCCCCAAGGCGACAUACUACUCCUAAUAAUUUAUUAACCCAACAAAUGCAACAGAUACUAGAUCGGUUGACAACGCUCGAGGAACAACAGCGUGCGUUGCCGCAAGCCCCUUGCGAGCUGAUUGCCGCUGCUGUACCCCGCGCAACGCCACUGCCGUCACAACCACCACAGCGGCGCGUGCGGGUAGCGGAGACGAAGACUGGGACCGGAGAAGGUGCAAGCCGUCGCGACUCUGCGGCUCCGCCUUCGCCCGAACGUUCCGUGAGUGGGGUCAUAGAGCAUGAUGCCAACGUAGCUGACCGACUGAUCAACGCCAUACGUUCCAUCAAUACUACGGUGAGAUCCAACCAAGCUUAUUUUAUUUCUAACUUCGAUCCUAGUGUCCACGAUAUAGAUACCUGGUGUGAGGAGGUAGAUCGCGCUAAGGUCUCUAAUGGCUGGAGCGAUAAUGAGUGUCUGUCUCGUAUUGGGAAUUGCCUUAAAGGGGACGCUAGGACCUGGCUUAAUGAGUGGGUAACUAGUGACCGCAGCUGGAGCAAUUUUAAACGAGAAUUUAAACCAAUGUGCCCCAGGAAGCCCGAUGUUGCAAAUAUUUUGUACGAAGUAAUGAGUACAAACUCGGAUAGGUAUUCAACAUAUGCAGAUUACGCUCGUCGGACGCUACUCAGGUUGCGUAUAGUCAGGGGCUUGAGUGACGAAUUGAUCUCUGCGAUAGUAAUUCGAGGCAUUACCGACCCUCAAAUUCGCGCUUCUGCCACAAAUGCAAAGUUAAUGCCGAAUCAGUUAGUAGAGUUUCUUUCGAUCUACGUCAAACCGAAAUUGCCAAAUUCAAAGAGACCCAAUACUUCGAAUAAUGAUCGAUUUUCGAAACCUAGUUACGAUGCGAGUUCGCGUAAGCGCAGAUUCGAUGACGGGGCAUGUUUUACGUGUGGUAAGCAUGGCCAUAAAUCCUCUGAUUGUUAUAAACGGUUGAAGCCCAUUUUCAACAAUAGUAAGGGUGGUGAAAAUGGUCAGAAGAGUAACCCUGCUCCCAGCACAACGAAACUCGAACCAUGUAGCUUCUGUAAAAAACCUGGCCACAGGAUCGAGAGUUGUUUUGCUAAAAAGAAGGCAGAAUCCAGUAACGCUAGUAACGUAAACUUCUGUCGUGAAAAUGUAGGUAGUAGAUGCAGUGAUAUAGUUGUUGCAGUCAUACAGGGCAUACCCGUUGAUGUGCUCAUUGAUAGCGGCUCAAGUAUAUCGCUAGUUUCCUCCACAUUGUUAAAACAUUUUAGAUGCACACGCAAACCUGCUUUUAGAGUAUUGAGAGGUAUUGGUAGUCAAGAGGUUGAGUCUACUUUUUUCGUUACUUUACCAAUAGAGUUUGACAAAAUUACUCUGGAAGUGGAUUUGCAUGCGGUAUCCCCAGAAUUUUUAACCACCCCUAUCAUAGUCGGUACUGAUGUGUUGAAUCGUGAAGGAGUAACCUAUGUCCGUACUCGCGAUCAACAAUAUCUUACUUAUAAACAGGGACGUACCGAUAAUGUCAUGUGUGCUUUAUCCACAGAUGAUAUCCCUAUUAAAACAUCUUUGACCGGUUCUGACCUAGAUAGAAUGCUUGACUUGAUCAACGAAUUUUCUAAAUUUCUUAUUUCGGGAACAGCUGCUACUACAGUGAAUACUGGCAGCAUGUCGAUCAAACUAAAUAAUGCAACACCUGUCAAUUACAGGCCGUAUAGACUUUCGUUGCCGGAAAUUUUGAAGGUUCGUCAGAUCAUUCAAGAGCUUCUCGAUAAGAAGAUUAUUCGGGAAUCAGAGUCUGAAUAUGCGAGUCCGAUACUUCUAGUGAAAAAGAAGGAUGGAUCGGACCGCAUGUGCGUUGAUUACCGCAAAUUGAAUGAAAUUACCGUCAAAGACCGCUUCCCUUUGCCAUUGAUCGACGAUCAGAUCGACCGGUUAGGGAAGCAUAAGUUCUUCACUAGCCUUGACAUGGCCACAGGCUUUCAUCAGAUUCCGAUGGACGAAGAAGCAAUACCGCUCACGGGAUUCGUUACACCAGAAGGUCAUUAUGAAUAUUUAAAAAUGCCGUAUGGUUUAGCGAACGCACCCGUAGUUUAUCAGCGCAUUAUGUCAAAAACUCUUCGACGUCAGUUGGAAUCUGGUAAAACCCUUGUGUACAUUGAUGAUGUACUGAUACUUAGCAAUACUGUAGACGAAGGCCUUACUUACUUGCGUGACGUACUUCAAACGCUUGCUGAUGCUGGAUUCUCUAUCAAUUUAAAGAAAUGUUCAUUUUUAUCGACCGAGAUCGAGUACCUAGGCCGCACCAUAAGCCAAGGUCAGGUACGGCCGAGCGAACUUAAGGUUAAAGCACUGGUAGAAGCCCCUAAUCCGAAAACGGUCAAGCAAGUUCGUCAGUUCUUAGGUUUGGCCAGUUAUUUUCGUCGUUAUAUUCCUAAUUUCGCUGCUAGAAGCACCCCGAUUACCAAACUUACUAAAAAGGGUGCAUUGUUUGUGUGGGGAAGUGAACAAGAAGAAGCACGCCAAGAAAUAAUCGCACACUUAACUAGUGAACCUGUAUUAGCCAUAUACGACCCAAGUUUACCCAUCGAAGUCCACACAGAUGCAAGCUCAAUUGGGUAUGGUGCGGUGCUCCUUCAGGUUCACGGGAACGGACACAAACGAGCCGUUGGGUAUUUUAGUAAGCGAACGCAGGGCGCCGAACCUCGAUACCAUUCCUAUGAGCUCGAGACUCUGGCGGUGGUCAAGGCGCUGCAGCACUACAGACACUAUCUGGUCGGUGUUCAUUUUAAAGUGGUAACUGACUGUAAUGCUCUGAAAUCUACCCAGCAGAAGAAAGACUUGCUGCCACGUGUUGCCAGAUGGUGGAUGUAUCUGCAGGACUUUGACUUCGCCCUGGAAUACCGUAAGGGCAGUUCAAUGUCGCACGCAGACUAUUUGAGUCGAAACCCCGUUAACGUUUGUGAAGUUCGUAAACAGCAAAACUGGGCUCGAAUAGCGCAGGCUGCGGACGAGGAGACCCAACAACUCAUCCAAAAACUGACAGACGGACAGCUAGAUUCAAACCACUACGUACAUAAAAACGAUCUACUCUUUUACAAGUACUCUCCAAUCGGAGAGGAGCCAAGAUUCUUGUGUUACGUGCCGAAAGGUCACAGGCUCAGCUUACUCAGGAUAUUUCAUGACGAACAUGAUCACCUUGGUGCUGAUAAGACUUUAGAGCUCAUUAGAAAACAUUUUUGGUUCCCUUCUUUAAAAUCAUUCGUGCAAAAGUACAUAGGUCAUUGUCUUAUUUGUUUAACGCAUAAAAAGGCCCCGAGGGCUCCACGACAACCAAUACACUCGUGGGAGAAACCUUGUGCCCCUUUCGAAAUAGUUCAUAUAGAUGCAUUAGGCCCUCUGCCUCAAUCAAAUGGUUAUCGAUAUGUUCUGAUUGUAAUAGACUCCUUUUCCAAAUUCUGUCUAUUGUACCCUAUGUUUGGACAAGACGCUAUAGAAUUAAAACGACUCGUUACAAAUGUUAUUUCGUUAUUUGGUACACCGAAAUUAAUAGUCGCGGACAGAGGCAGGAUGUUUCAGAGUUCAGACUUCACGAAGUUCAUCUCAGAGUUGGGCAUCGACUUGCAUCUCAUUACACCGGAGAUGCACCAUUCAAAUGGGCAAGUGGAACGUUACUGCCGAACACUUUUGAAUAUGAUUCGCAUUCAGUGCAAUCAUCGCCAGGAUGAAUGGGCAGACAUGAUGUGGCGAUCGCAACUUAUUCUCAACAUAACUAAGCAAAAUACCACUCAGCUAUCGCCACUGAACUUGCUCGUAGGCAUCGAAGCAGCCACGCCUCUCAUAAGGCACUUAGUACGUGAUGCGGCUCUGGACAGUUCUCACCCUAACCGUGAAGCAAUGAGGGAGAUGCAGAGACAACGGGCGUCGGAGCGUUUGGCUAGAAACCAGCAGCAGCAGGACACGACUGUGAACGCUAGCCGAAAAACACCUCGGGCAUUUGAAACUAACUCACUUGUCUUUGUAAUUAAGCAGACACAAUCGACUGGCAAGCUCGACUCUGGCAUGCGCGGGCCCUAUCGUGUGGUCAAAGCACUUCCCCACGACCGAUAUGAGCUACAGCUGUUGACGGGCUCCUACGGUAAAUCUACACAAGCUGCGGCUCAGUACAUGAAGCCGUGGCGCGGGGAGUGGACUCCGGAGACAUGCGCUGCUUACUUUGAAAACGCAGAUAGCAAUGAUGAGGAGGUAGAGUUCACGCCUGAGCGAGCUGCCACGCAUGAUGUGCAUCCUAGAGGCGAGGGGAUGACCGAGCCUGUACCCGGCACCUCUGGAGCCACGGAGCCGCUCCGAAUCCAGGAAGAGGAAGACGAGGACGUCCUCCAGUCAGGAGAGGCCGUGUUAGAGGAGUAGUGACAGAUCUCGUGAUAAUGGCGGGAACACGAGUGGGCGGAGCCUGCUGUCUAUAUAAGCGCUUGCAAGCGCAGUUCGCGCCCUUUUCUCGUCGAGCUCACUUGGCAAGGGGAACCUCUGCCCGUUUGAAUGGUCGAACUGCCUUUUUGUUGAAUAUUAAUUUCGCGUGUAAUUAAAUUUUAAUGUGAUUUGUUUUGUUAUUAAAAAGUUGGUAAUUUUGUUUUAGUUUCCGUUAAGUUUGAAUUUUUGUAACAAUUAAUAAAUAAGUGUGGUUUG